AUGCUUCCUGUCAACAGCACCAUCUUCUCUUACUUUCUGGUCACAGGCAUCCCAGGGCUGGAGGACCUGUACAUCUGGAUAUCUGUUCCCUUCUGUGCCAUGUUUCUCAUUACCCUAGUGGCCAAUUGGACCAUUGUGACUGUUAUCUGGUCGGAGCAGACUCUCCAUGCCCCUAUGUACCUCUUCCUAGCCAUGCUAGCUGCCUCUGAUCUGGGCCUGUCUCUCUUCACAUUCCCCACCAUGUUGAGAAUCUUUUUGCUGGAUGCACGAGAGAUGACGGCCUCUGCCUGCUUUACUCAAAUGUUCUUUAUUCACACUUUCCAAGAUCUCGAAUCAGCUGUCAUUCUGGCAAUGGCCUUUGACCGCUAUGUGGCCAUUUCUCACCCGCUGCAUUAUCACUCCAUUCUCACCAAUGGUGUGAUUGUCAGGAUAGGUUUGGCUAUUGCUGUGCGAACUUUGACUGUACAGGUGCCUCUCCCCAUCCUGUUGAGGAGGCUGAACUUCUGCCACUCCAACGUACUUUCUCAUUCCUACUGCCUGCAUCCUGACAUCAUAAAGCUCUCCUGCUCUAAUACCAGGGUCAACAGCAUCUUUGGACUAUUUGUGAUGCUGUCCACCAUGGGACUUGACUUCCUCCUCAUUCUCCUCUCCUAUGUGUUAAUCCUGAAAACUGUACUGAGCAUGUCUUCCCACACUGGCCGCCUCAAGGCUCUCAACACCUGCAUCUCUCACCUAUGUGCUGUGGUCCUCUUCUUCACACCUAUGAUCUGCUUAUCUAUGCUACACCGCUUUGGUCCUAGGCUCCCUCCAUAUGUCUAUGUGACCUUGGCAAACAUGCACUUCUUCAUUCCUCCUGUGAUGAACCCCAUUGUCUAUGUGGUGAAAACCAAGCAGAUACGAGACAAAAUUCGGAAGCUCUUCAUUAAAAAAGCACAUGAAAAAGCCCAUGUCACAUCUAUAACAUAA